AUGGCUCUUGAGAAAAUUUACAAAGAUUUGUUAGCGGAAUGGUCAAAAACAUUGAAUCAACGUGAUCCAGCCGUUAUUGCGCAAUUACUUACCAAGGCUAAAGCUGAACUUAGAAAUCCUGAGAUAUUUAAACAAUUUAAAAAAGAUCAGUGUACUCAAAUUCACAAAGAUAUUUUUGAAAUUGAUGCCUUAUUUCGUGCUGGUGUGUCUGAUAUGAAAGGAUUUAAAGAAUCGAUUUCAAUUGUACUUAAUUUCUAUAAGUCUCACCCUGGAGCUUCUAUUGAUGUUUUCCCUAACGCUCACUUACUCAAUGGACUUUACCUAAUGUAUCUAUUAACUAUGAAUGAUUUGUCUACUUUUCAUCUUCAGCUCGAACAAAUUAGUCCAGAUCUUCAAAAGAAUAAUCCAUAUAUUUCUACACCGGUUAAAUUAGAGCAAUACAUAAAUGAAGGAGCUUUCAACAAAGUUGUUUUAAGUGAAAAAACAAUACCUAGUCCAUAUUUUAUGGCUUUUGUCAGGAUUCUUAUGGAUACUGUUCGUGAUGAAAUAGCCACAAAUAUAGAGGAAUCUUUUCAGAAAUUAUCAAAGGAAGACGCUCGUCAACACCUCCAUUUUACUAAUGAUGAGGAAUUAAGAGUUUUUUCUGAAAAACGUAAUUGGAAACUUGACUCUUUUAAUACUAAAAACGAAAUUUAUGUUUUUAAUAAAGCAAUUCAAAAAACCGAAGAGGCAGCUGGAGGAAAUUCAAAACUUAAUACAAAAAGAAUAAGUGAACAAGCUUUAUUUUAUGCCAAGCAGCUAGAAAUGAUUGUAUAA